AUGGUGAAAGCAGACGUGCGCAAGGAUUACUAUGCGGACCUUGGGCUGCAGCCCAGCGCGGAGCCCGAGGAAAUCAAGAAGCAAUUCAGGAAACUAGCCCUGAAGUACCAUCCCGAUAGGAACCCAGGAAGGGAGGUCGAGUUCAUCGCCAAAUUCCAGGCUAUUCAAGCCGCCAACGAAAUUCUCAGCGACUGUUCACAGCGAUUGAAGUAUGACACGGAUCGUUUGCGCGCAGGCUAUGGUAAAGUUUACGGACCGCCCAAGGCGAAUACCCAGCGCAAAACACAGACCCCCACCCGUGCCCCUCAGCCUACGGAAACCUACUCGGCAAAUAAGUACGCACAUGGGUCUCGGAAUGGCCCCUCAGCUGGCGCUCAACGAUACGCAUCUCAUGCGCGUGCGGAUCCGCAGCAAUGGAAACAACCAGAUACGUCACAGACGAGGGCUGAUGCUUUCCGUGGAUUCAAUAAUAUGAGAGGAGGCCAGAGUGCUGGGUGGCAGGGCUUCGAUCCUUCAACGGGUCGGGCCACGGGUAGUACACCAGGUCCUGGAGCGCAGCGUCAUCCCUUUGGAGCUUCGGCGCAGUCUACGCGGCCGAAGUCUGCAUUUGAGACCCGCCAAAGUGCGCAGCCCAAUGCCCAAUCUUUCAAGAAGAAACACGGUUUUGCACCAGGGGUCGCUGGAGGAGAUGAACCGAUGGCCCGCAACACUUCUGCUUAUAGUAGCAGCAAUCGGACUGAACGGCCGACCAGCCAAUAUUUCAACCCUGCUCCGCCGCCAACUGCGAAGAAGCCAGCAUCACCGGAGCCGCCUCGGCCUCAACGACAUUCAUACACCGCGGACUUCGAACGAACCAGUAGAACCUAUGCCCAAACAGGCAAAGGUGAACGAACUGUCUUCUCAAGCACGGGGUUGGGUCGUUCCGCAACCAUGCGUACCCCGUCAGGGACUCACACCCACGCGCAUAAGGGUACAGCCAGCCCUGCCUCUGGCCGAUCUACAAGGCAUCGUAGCGCGAGUCCUAAGCCAAGACGGGACACCAAUAACUAUGACUCCACCAGCUCGAGUGACUCGGAGGGAGAUAUGCCCAAACCGAAAGCUGUCCCCAAGAGUCGACUCAGACCGAAUCAAAAGUUUGCUGACUUCCACCAGCAAGGAACAGCAAGCCCCGGAAAUGGUAAGGUCUUCAAAUCUGUCCCGAUCGGAAGGAAAAUUCAAGCCGUCGAACAACCAGAUGGUAGUUUCAAAUUCCGAUCGAUACCCCGGGAGCUCCUUUUUAUGCGAUGUGCCUAUGCUGACAAGGACACCCCUAAAGGACACACCUCAGAUAGUGCUGCUUUCCCAAAGAGCUCUUACCGAUCGGACCAGCAACCAAAUCCAUCAGGCUCUACUGAUUCUGUCAAGUAUGUUCAAGACACCUUAUCCCGACUUAAUUCCCUUUUUCUGACAGAUUUUGGAUCCAGCUCCGACAAAGCCCCCGGUGCACAAAGGCCCCAGUCUGCGGCAUUCGAACGUAACAAAGCAAGUGACUUGCACAAAAAGUUCUCUGCGGAAGACUGGCGGGAUCACAUAAACCAGUUCGAUUUCAUGGGCUCUGCUUCACCGAGCAAGGACUCGAAUCCAAGAUCGCCUGCCGGGCAGAAUCGGGGUCGUACUGCCAAUCGAAAUGGACAAACAUCCUCGACUGGAUCACCACUUCCGAAUCCUUUCGGCUCUACGCCUUUGUAUCAAGGUUCGCAGCAACAACAAUCACCGACCCCCUUUGCACAAGCAAAAUUCUCUGCGGAUUCAUGGGCCCAGAAGCUUCAAAAUCUCUCGUGGACUGGAGCAGAUGCCGAGAAGGCCAAACAAGCGGCGAACGCUGCGUCGUCUCGAAGUCCCAAGAAACAACCCAAAGCAGGCGUCAAAGUGCGGAGUGCUCCCCAGCAGCCAAGUGUUGCUACUGAAGCCGAUGAAAUCAAAGAGACCCUCAAUGGGGAUACUCUUCGACCUGAACCAGUGGCACCUGAUGUUGAGGAGAUGGAUCUCGAUGAAGACCUUCCUACUCCGCCCGAUCUUCCACCUAAGGUCCCUGUUGUAGGAGCAGCCAGUGGCAGCUACCCUGAUUUAGCUUCUCAGACUGUACCGGGUACACAACCGGUCAAGAAGCCCAAGCCUCCUCGACCAACAGAAAGAAGCGCGUCCAAUGCAGAUUCCCGUACUCCAUUGUUCAACUUCGAUAACAUUCGCAACACUGCCCCGUUCACUAAUACGACUAGUGGAGGCAUUGAGAAUCUCGAAGACUUCCACACUGCGCUCCCCUUCGAAUCUCAGGCCAAGCAACAAAAGGCCACCAAGAACGAUAUCCGCCCUCGCCUUCUCCAACUCCCUAACCCACCCAAACGACCCCGGGUCCCGGAACCAUUCUUCCCGAGCCCAACCUCCAAUCAUCCCGUUCUUCCCCGCGAGAAAUGGAACUGGUACGUGUCAGCAAUGGGCGCAUACAUGCACGAAUGGAACGUGUUCAAUGGCCGCAUGCUUACACACUUCAACGCGCGCCACGAGGCGAACCAAACCGGUCUUGCACCGGGCUGGAUCAGUGCCGUCGGCGACUCCACCCGUCUCAAAAUGAAUGGCGUAGACGAUGAUGAUAUCGACGGCAAGGCUAAGGCCCAUAAAGAUGCUGAUGAUUACAUUGAGGAAUCCCUCAUCCCCGGUAAAAACAAGGGCGGCUUCAGUGCCUAUCUUCGUGGUAUUGAGGAGGAUAUCCAGGUGCGCAAGCAUUGGGAUGUUGCCUGUGAACUGCAUCGCGAUUGUAUCCAUGAGCUCGGCACGUUGAGGGACUGGAUUCGGGAUGGUGGAAAGGUGGUCUAG